GCGAGAGGGCAGUUCUCAUCAAGAUGGAAGUUAAUAGCGCCGUUGCCCUUCGGCGACUGUCGCUGAGCACAGUAUCUAGCCCCAGCUAUCAAGCGGCUGAGUAUUCUGAGAAUGAUCUCUCCCCGGACUCUGCCACGUCUCACAAUGAGGAGCCGCCGGCAUAUUCGCGCGCACCUCCAGCAACCCAGGUUCCGGGACGAGGAUACAGUACAACGCUUCAUCGUUCGCCAGGUGUUUUGCUGCCCACCCUUCUGUAUGCAGCGCUGGCAAUCUAUGCGUGGGUUGCGAUCGUCUACCUUUCCUUUCGUCCCAUGAACGCCAAGUCGCAUUAUUCCUAUCCCGAAUCCUUGGACUACGUGCGGAAUGAAGGUGUUUAUCGCUCUGCCGUGGUAAUCAGGUCCCUCAUCAUUACCAUCACUCUCCCUUGGCUUUCCGCCGUAUGCGCGAGUGCAGCGGUCAUCUAUGUACAGAAUCAAAAGACGGCCGACAGCCUGCGAAUGCGCCAAGUCACGAAUCUGGCGGACCGUCGAUGGCUAGAUAUCAGCCUGUACAAGGCCCUUGUCUCUGGAGGAUGGAAGAAGCAUGGCAGUACAUUCAUGGCGUUUGCCAUAACCCUUCAUCUCAUUGCCGGCUUGACCUAUCCCAUCCAGUCAAUCUUCAUCGAAACAAAGACGAUCCGUGUCCCCGAGUCCAUGGACAGGGUGGCUACCAUAGCUGAUCUUCCCAGGUUUAGGUACCGUGACACAGAUACCUCGCUGAUAGGCAGUGACAUCUUGACGACUCGUCGAGCUCUCAGCGACGCGAACUCCAUCAACCUCCAGCCAUUCUUGUGGCAAAACACGUCUGGGAUUCAAUUACAUACACUGAAUGACAUUCUAUCCUUGAACGACUCGUUCUAUGCUCAACUUCCGACUGGAUUCAACACGGGCGUACUGCGACAGUUUGCGCCUCGUGUGAACUCUAGUGCCACGUAUGAGACCAUCACUACCAGCGAAUUUCCGUCAAACUGUGACAGUAUUCCUGGGUCUUUUUACUCCAGAUACUAUUCCGAAUACACAGUAUACGAAUACCAUAAAAGCUGGGGUGGCAGAAGACGCGAGAUCGUCAGGAGUGAGUUCUCUGAAACCCUCUAUUUGAAUUUUACCAGCACACAGGGAUACUCCGGCGACACGCCGGCUGACGGCAAGCUGUACCGAAUCACGGUCAAUACCACAGCUGGAUACUUCGAGCUGCCAAACUACAUGAAUGAAGGAGUGCCCGGUCCACUCUUGGAGCAAGACCCCGUUAGCCUCUGCGGCGCAGACUGUCGCUACCAGACCUUGGACCCUCAUAUGAGCACCAACUGGAUCCGUCGCGAUAACGUCACCGCCACAGACACCCUCGACACAGCAUCCUGGGACCCAAUCGCAACAGCCAAGAAAGGACCCCUUCUCACAACGGCACUCGCAAUGUUUGGUCCAGGCUCUUUCCUGGACACAUUCGCUGCGAAGCUCUCGGCCAUCAACGACAGCUUCAAAAGAGCCAACUUCACGGGAGAUGUCUGUCUCGACGGCCCCCCACUCCUCAACCUGAUCCUGUAUGAAUCAUACGGCCCCAGGCGUUACUGCCUAGAUGCUUACGUGGGGACUCAAUACAUGGGCAGCUACGCGGACACCCUCAUCCAUCAGUGGCUCGGCUACUUCCUCGAGGCCGAGGACCGAUUCCCCAUGCUCUUCACAGCAGCAGCCUUUCUAUCCAACAAGCAACUGCUGGAGUCAGUGACUGGCCAGUGGUGGAUACACCAGGACCUCGGAGCCGAGACGACCAUCCCAACCAUCUCCCCCUCAGGGAUAAUCGUCGGGUCGGUCCUGAUGGCCCUAUACAUCAUCCCAAUGUUGGGACUCGCAUUUUACGCUGCUUGUUAUCCCCGGUGGACGGAGCGGUUAGACUCUUUCACGAUGCUGCGCUUCGGGGCCGCGAUUGGCGAUAAACUGCUCCCUUUGCGGGUGGCCCGGAAAGCGGACCAGAUUCCGGUCCUGGAUGAAAUUCCGGGUGUAGUGAUGGAUGUGUCUAUUCCGGAUGGAGAUGAGGUUCUGCCGAUGGGAACUUUGGGACUUGGGGAUGGACGGCCUUUGCAGGGACAGCAGGAGUAG